AUGACAGACACGACACUGGUCAACGGGCACGAUGCACUCGAGGAGAAGCUCGGUCGCUUAUCGAAGAAGCCUGGUGUGAAAGCUAGCAUUGUCCUCGACCGCGCUACAGGUGCGAUCCUCAAAACAAGCGGACAAGUCGACGCCUUACAGACCUCCAAGUCUCGAACUACAUCUACGGCCACAACAUUCUCCAACGAAACCCCUGCGCUAGAAGAGAACGAAACACAAGGAGUCGAGCAGUUCGCAGCGAUCGUCUGGAACUAUGUGAAUAGCUCUGGCAAUCUGGUCCAGGAGUUGGACGGUGAGGACGAAGUGAAGCUUCUACGGUUGCGGACAAGGAAACAGGAAUUGGUCAUCGUGCCGGAUCCCAAGUAUCUGCUUGUCGUUGUGCAUGAUACGCCGCCAGCUUGA